CACCCAGGGGCCAGGGCCGGACGGGACAUGUACCAAAAUUCAUGCGCUGCAUGGGGAGCGGGCUUCCGAGCGCUUCUGAAGGCGCCGAAGCUGAAUGUUCGGUUCAUUGUAGCCGGUAUCAACACUUGUAUUUCGUUGCACUCCGCAGCUUUUAAAUACCUGUGCUCUUUGUCAGCACAGCGGCCUGCGCUAUCAACGCUUUGCCUGGGCUCGGACCUCCCUUUCCCAGCCUUCUUAAACGCUCAAAAUGGCUCUGGGCCAGCAGGCGAUGCAGCGCAAGGGCGCCCUUAACGCCAACAGGGCCUCGCGCAAGGCUUGCGUCGUCCGCGCGCAGGCGGUUGCCUCGGCUCCCCAACAGCCGGCCACUGCUUCGCAGUAUGUUCCUCACGUCCAGGGCCCGAUCAUCAUGAAUGGUCAGGUGCUGCACAGCAUCACGGCUGAGCGCCUGGAUGUGGUGCGCAGCCUGGAGGACGGCUACCUGCAGAGCCAGGUGGUGCCUCUGCUGAAGCCCGUGGAGAAGUGCUGGCAGCCCGCCGACUUCCUGCCGCCCUCGGAGGACCCCGACUUCCUGGACAAGGUGCGCGAGCUGCGCAAGCGCGCUGCCAACCUGCCCGAUGACUACCUGGUGGUCUUCACCGGCGACAUGAUCACCGAGGAGGCGCUGCCCACCUACAUGACCAUGCUCAACACCCUGGACGGCGUUCGCGAUGAGACCGGCGCCAGCCAGACCCCCUGGGCCAAGUGGACGCGCGAGUGGACCGCCGAGGAGAACCGCCACGGCGACGUCAUGAACCGCUACAUGUACCUGACUGGCCGCGUCAACAUGAAGGCGGUGGAGGUGACCGUGCAGAACCUGAUUGGCUCCGGCAUGGACCCCAAGACCGAGAACAACCCCUACCUGGGCUUCUGCUACACCUCCUUCCAGGAGCGCGCCACCAAGGUGUCCCACGGCAACACCGCCCGCCACGCUCUGGAGCACGGCGACGACGUGCUGGCCAAGAUCUGCGGCUCCAUCGCCUCGGACGAGGGCCGCCACGAGAUCGCCUACUGCAAGAUCAUGGACGGCCUGUUUGAGCGCGACCCCAGCGGCGCCAUGAUUGCGUUCGGCGACAUGAUGAAGAAGCAGAUCGUGAUGCCCGCCCACCUCAUGAACGACAACGUGCACCACGCCAACACCGGCCGCAACCUGUUCGCGGACUUCUCCGCUGUGGCUGAGAACACGGGCACCUACACCGCCAUGGACUACGCUGACAUCAUGGAGCACCUGGUGGGCCGCUGGAACGUCAAGAACCUGACCGGCCUCAACGGCGACGCCGCCGCCAUGCAGGAGUACGUCAUCAAGCUGCCCGACCGCAUCCGCAAGCUGGCGGAGAAGGCCACCGCCCGCCGGAAGAAGGGCAAGGUCGUGCACGCGCCCUUCAGCUGGGUGUUCAACCGCGAGGUGGCCCUGUAAAGCCACCGCCUGGUGCCGUGAGCUUUGUAAGGCAAUGGGGGGGAGGCGACCGCGCUGGAGCUCCCGCAGCUGGGCGCGGCAGCCCCAGACACAGGCCUGGCGGCGGUGCGUUGCAUGGGUCGCCGCCGCGCCACGGCGCGAGGAAGGCGCCUGCAGCGGCGUUGCCAGAGCUGGAUGAGAUAUGGGGUGGGGUAGGGUGGGUAGGUGGGGGGUGGUGUGCACCGCACCAGGCUUAACCGGCGUCCAGGCGGAUUCCUGGUGCGAGAGACUCCUCUGCCGCCACCGAGCCCAGACGACUGUCAUUGACUCGGGACUAGCUGGCAGGUGCUGACAGUGAGUGGGGGCCCCAGCGGAAGUGACAACCAGAGAGACAACAAAAAAGCUGUAUAUCAUUUUAUUAUAGUAUGGCCCGGCGACAGAGGCAGCACGCGAGCCUGGCCUCGCGGGGUCAGCGUGUCUGAAGCAAAGAUGCGGAAGGGCCACCGAUGUUGCGGGCUUCGUUUCUCGCAGUAAUGCUAAUGACCUUCCUUGACCCCAGCCCGUGUUUUGAGAUUUUGGAGGGCGCUGAUGCGGCGGGGGCUGUCCCUCUUGAAGAAUGUCAUGCGCGGCUGUUAUGAUGCGGCCGCAGUUGGUGCGCGUGUGGUGCGUGUGUGCUUGAUGUGGUGUGUCUCGUCUGUGCCCGUGUGUUGAUAAACGUUUGAGCGCACCCCCAGUUGCGGUUGCGCCCUCGUGUGCUGAAUGUUGUGGGUGUGGCAACCGGAUUGCGCGGCUGUCGAAGGCCGGAGGAAUGUGGACAUGAGAACAGAGGCAUAAGAAGAUGUUGCUGCAUUGCCCUGUGUGUGCGAGAGAAGGCGGAAGCAAAGCGUGUCGGCGGUAGGAGUCCGCAGGCGAGUGUGCCGUGCAGUUGCUCAGAAGUCACAGGGUGCAGCUGCAGUCCACCGCUUGCUAGAGCAGUGCUUCGAGGGUUGUGCUGCAUUAUGUAGCCAUUUAUUAGAGCGGAUGGACGAUCGGGGCACACCCUAGCCCGCGGCCGUCCAUACAUUUUGUGACCCACAUCGUGGCAGGUGUAAUGACCGACCCGGUU